CAGCAGCAGUCAAGACAGGAGCAUUGUGUAAAGAAUUGUACCGAGCUUGUUUCAGUAGUUUUUAUUCUUGGACUGAACAUUUGUGAAAAAAUGGUGAUUGCUACAGUCUUUGUUCUCUGCAGCUUUGUGGUGGGUACUUCUCCAAGUGUGGUGACUUUUAAGGCGGACAGGCCCUUUCUAGGUGUGCCGCUGUCUUUCAAAGCUGACCUGAAGUGCUGCUACACCACCACGGAGCGUCGGAUCAAUCCCACUUGGUUAAAAAGGGUAUGGGCUGGCAACAAAAUCGGUCCAGUCACUGUGAAUAUUUCGGAAAAUGUGACUACAAGACUCGACAAAGAAGAUAAGGAACUGUGUUACAUCCUAACCCUUGAUUCAGUCCAGCUGAAUGACACUGGGCUGUACCAGUGUCUGUUGAACUACAGUAGGGACGUCUCUCAUGGCACCUACCUGCACGUCUACAAACGUCUGAAGAAGACAAUAAACCUCAGUGAAAGCACCAAAAACAAGAUCCUGACAGCUGAGGGAAUCUUGCUGUUACUGUGUGUGGUAUUGCCUUCUACCACCCUUCUCUUCAAGUCAAAGAAACUACAUGAACUAGAGAAAAAGAAGAUGAAGAAGGAAGAGGAAAACAUAUACCAGGGGCUAAAUCUGGAUGAUUGUUGCACCACAUAUGAUCAGAUCGAACGGUCCCAGGCACAUGGUCCGUACCAGGAUGUCUGCAACAUUAUGGAGGAAGAAGAGGAGUUCCAGCUGGAGAAACCUUGAAAGAAAGGGGAAAGAUAAAGAAAGGGAGAGUGUUCAGUCUAUUUUGAGAGCUUAGGUUUAAGUGUGUGAUAUCUGAAUAACAGACCCAGGCUUUAUCACACACACUGAAAGUUGGAAAGUUUUUUUUUUCAUAGCUUUGGAAACAGCAUUUGACGAAACGGUUUCACCACAAAGUCGACUCAGUCAGGGACGUAUUAGUUGAGAAAUAUUGAGGUUGUAAGUUCAAGAAGCCCCUCCAGUCCAGAUAAUUUUGAAGAGACCUAAAAGUUGUGCAAAAUUUCCAUUUUUUUCUAUGUUUGAUAAAUUCACUAUAUAAAUGUUUUUAUGAAUUUAAAAAUAGUUGUGUGUGUCUGCUCCAAAAUCUCUUAAUUUCUUUGUCAUAGAAUUGUCAAAUUUAAGGAUGCUGAGUCUAGAAAUAUCUGUCUUUGUGCAACCUCAAAUAAUAAAAUAGGCCUAUAAACUAUCCCUCAAAUGUAAC